CUCCCCCAAAGGGCUACCCGUCGGUGGGGGCAGCUUUCCAUGGCUUUGCGCUUUCCUGUGCCACAUGUGAUUCGGAUCCCAAGCGCUGCUCCGCCCCGAGCGCUGGCGGCUGGUGCCACGGCUCACCGAGCCGCACUGGCCGCGCUCGCAGCGCGUGCAUGGUGCAGGAGGGCUGGCCGCUGGUUGGCGACUCGGGCCACCCCCGGAAUUCGGACCUUCAAUUUGGAGGACCCCACUACGGCCUUACAUCAGAAAUACCACGAUGGAACAUUGCAGUACACCAUGGACAAUAUGGAGUGGGUGGAGCAGCGAGGCUUCAGCAAAGACGACCACCUGUCAGAGCAGCAGAAACCUGGCAGCUGAGACGACCGAUGAGAAGGAAGAUCGACCUGCGCCACGAGGCGCGACGGCGGCUGUGCCGCUGGCCGCGGCUGCUGCCGGAGGAUCUCCAGCGGGUGGAGCACGCGAAGGGGCCGCAACGCUUCGGGCCAGGUGCAGCCUGGGGAGACCCCGAAGAGCACGUCUUCGUGGUGAGCCUGGCCCGGCGUCCUGAGAAGCGUCGCAGGGUCUGGCGGCAGCUGGAGGAACACCAGAUGAAUGCGACGGUGGUGAAUGCCAUGGACGGUGAUGGCGUUCUCUAUCAAGAUGACCUUGAUGCCAUGGGUGUUCGAAUUUUGCCUGGCUACAACUCAGGCUUUAGCAACCACAACAUGCCAUACACCACAGGGGAGGUGGGAUGCUUCAUGAGCCACUAUGCCGUGUGGCACCGCAUGGUGGAGCACAAUAUCCCAGCUGCCUUAAUACUGGAAGAUGACUUUGACUUUCAAGCUAACUUCAAGGCGCGCCUGGGGGAGUACCUGUCGGAAGCUCAAGGCUUUGAUUGGAACCUCAUGUAUGUUGGACGCAGCCCCAUGGAGAAUGACAUCAGCAUGGUGUCAGAGCAUGUUGUAGAACCCGGCUACACGUUGUGGACGGUGGGGUACAUUCUCCGGCUGGAUGCUGCAAGAGCACUGCUAGAAACACAAGCUCACCAACAUAUGAUUCCUUUGGAUGAUUUCUUUUCCAUUUCCAUGGGCUGUGGUAUGGAUGGCCAGUACAAUGAGCGCUCUUUGGAGUGGAGCUCCUACAUCCAGCCGAUCCUGAGAGGUCUUGCCUUCAACCCUCCCUUAGUCAUGCCCUAUGUCGGCUCGAUGUUCAAGAGCGAUACCGCCAUGCUGCGGCCCGGGACACGCUACGUGCAGGACCUGCCGAAGAACGCGGCCGAGGGUGAGGCCUUGGAGUUGGAUCUGAGGUGUCAAGGACUUGAAGACGUGCGGCCAAUGCCGAAAGCUUGGAGGGAGGCGCUGGACAUGAUUGAAGCAAUCAUGGCCCGAGCGAUCCUUCACUAGACCUCGGAAGCUCCCAAAAAGAAAGACGGGCGUGGACUCGUGUGGGAGUCGCGCGGGGUGCGGG